GAACGGAACUUGUGUUGGUUGAGCGUCGUUCAGGUGAUUUUUUCUCCUCCGCCCGGACCGCUGACGCGAACACGCGCUCUGCUGCUUUACCUGAGGAGCUUUGCAGACGGACGGACGGACGCACGCGCGACAGACGACAUGCUGCUGCUUCAGAUGCUGGCUGCCGUCUUCCUGCCGGCCGCGUGGGGCCAGAGCAUCAGUAGCAGGCUGGGCAUGGUGGUGGAGACCAAGAACGUCACCCUCCCGGCGGGGUCGCAGGCGGUGCUGCCCUGCCACAGCCCUCGCAUGGUGUGGACCCGAGACCGUCUGAAGGACCGGCAGAGGGUGGUCCACUGGGAUCUGACCCGCAGCAGCCCGGAGUACUCGGUGGAGCGGAUCCUGGACAUGUCCCCCGGAGCCAACCAGAGAGUCUACAACGGCUUCAACAAGGGCCGCAUCUCCGUCCCCCAGUCGGCUUUCAGCGACGGCAACUUCUCCCUCGUCUUCAACAAUGUGGUCCAAAAUGACCGGGGCGUUUACACUUGCAACCUGCACCACCACUACUGCCAGAUUCACCAGUCCAUCCAGAUCCAGCUCAACGUCACCAAGUCAGCCCGGAAGGAGAAGCGUUACUGGGACGGGGAGAAGACGGUGUUUGUGGUGCUGUUGGGCAGCUCCGUGGCGUUGCCUUGUGUGAACCGGCGUUCCCUGUGGAGGGAGGGCCUCCAGGAGGAUCAGCAGCAGGUGGCCCACUGGGACUUCCAGCCCCCCGGCGUGCGCCCGGACGGGGCUGAUCGCCUGGUGGACCUCUACGCCUCUGGGGAGCGGCGGGAGUACGGCGCCCUCUUCCAUCGGCAGAAGAUGAGCGUGGCGGACGAUGCCUUUUCCGCGGGCGACUUCUCGCUCAGCAUCUCCGAGCUGGCGCCCGUGGACAGGGGCCUGUACUCCUGCCACCUGCACCACCACUACUGCGGCCUGCACGAGAGGCGCAUCUUCAGGCUGAUCGUGGGACCCUCGCUUCCCCCGGUCCUCACCGCCGCCCCCCGAAUCAUCGCCAGCGAUGAGCCAAAGCCAAGUACCGGAGAGGUAGAGAGGCCCAGAGUGGUCAACGUCAUCCUCCCGGAGCAGCGAGGCCACUUCCCCCAGCAGCUGGGCUACAUCCUGGCCACCCUCCUGCUGCUCGCCUUCAUCGUGGCCGCCGCCAUCGUGCUGACCCGCAGACGCCAAAAUAGAGGACUGGAGUAUGACCUGCGUGGAUCUAGCCGGGGGCACGUGGUCGGUGGGGCUGACCUGUCGAUGGACUGCACAGAGCUGAAGACCUGCAACCAGGAGCCCCUGAACUUAGUCGCAGACUACAAAAACAACCUGCUGAAGGAGAGAGACAUGUCCAAAGACUGCAACCAUGACUGUGACGGGAAGCUGUGGAAGUGAGCGGGAGUGGGCGGGAGGCUGACACGCUGCUGGCAGGUCCAGGGCAACACUGGAGGAGACAACAAGAUGAGGAAAUCCAGAAGGAAAUGUCAGAGAGAGGGAGGGGGGUGGGGCAGGAGGGAGGAGG